AUGGAGGAUAAUGACGAAACUGCCCUUGGUCUACAAAAUGUUGACUCCAAACAAAAUCAGGAUCAAGAUGAACUCUCUGCUGAAGAUUUAGCCUGGGUGAACUCCUGUCUGAUUGAAGAUCCUGAAAUAUCAAAAACUAAUAUUGAUUCUCUAAAAGAAGCUUUACUCAGUAUUCUCGAUCAUCAUUCUGAGAUCUUCAGCCCUUAUGAAAACGAACUGGAACUAGACAACUCAAAUGACAUAAUUGACCCCGAGACUUCACCUUCUCCAACAGAGGAAGUAACAGAUGCCAACGGGGAUUCUGGGGAUGAAAGUUCUGAUGUUUUAUCCCCAUUAAAUCAUCCUUUUCUUCCGAAUUUUAAUGAUGAGAUGAUGAAGAUUGAGUAUUCCGAUUCUGAUUCCGGUUCCGAUUCCGAUUUGGGUUUCCGGGUGUCAGAAUUAGUGAUGGAACCGGAAUCGGAGGAUAUUUUUAAGGUUUGGGAAUUGGAUAUUCCGGUUGAAGAAGAUGAACUUGUUAAAGAGUUGAAGGAGGCUCUUUCUGAGAACGAUGCUACUACUAGAGUGCCGAGAAUGAAAAGUUUUAAAAUAGAGUCACUUGAUAGUCUUGUUGAGAGCAUUGCAGAUCUUUCUUUGAAGUAA